CGCUGAAACGCUGACGCAGCGCGCAAACUCUCGCGAAAGUAGCAACCGAUUCGACCAAAAUGCUAAUUCUCAGCUAUUUCCGGGUCAGGAGGAGUCUGUGGAGGACAGCACGACAGGUGGAGUGAUUACUGGACAGAUUUUGGACUAAACGGACUGGACUGUCGACUGCUCUGUUAACCACAGCGGUGUGUGGCCGCAGUAGCUAACUGCUCCUAGCUAGCUAGCUAGCCGACCGCUGACCGAUAGCCCACCCGCUGGUCGCAUGAAGUAAAUUUGACCGGGCGAGGGUAAGAGGAUGGCGGAGCGGGAUAUGCCGCCGGGAGACCUGCCUCUGCAGUCAUCUUCCGAUGCUUUAGAAAGUUCUGGGAGACAAAACUCCUCAGAUGAAAACGGACACGCUGAGAGUCCAGAUGACACUCUCUCCCCGACCUCAGUGAUUUACUUCAAGGAGGCUUUAAACUCCGCGAACUUGAGGUUUGGGAAGGCUGGGUCGCUGUCACCCACUUCGCUUCGACAGUAUGACUUCCAGAUUGAGAGAAUCGAGUCAAGGCGCAGAAAUCCCAAGGAUCCCAUUGCAAUCGAAAGGCUUAACUUGAUGAACAUGGCCAAGCUGAGCAUCAAGGGCCUGAUUGAGUCAGCUCUCAACCUCGGACGCACGCUUGACUCCGACUAUGCACCUCUCCAGCAGUUCUUUGUUGUAAUGGAGCACUGUCUGAAACAUGGGUUGAAAACUAAGAAGUCCUUCCUGGGGCAGAACAAGUCAUUCUGGGGGGCGUUGGAGCUGGUUGAGAAGCUGACCCCUGAGGCAGGAGAGAUCACCGCCAGUGUAAAAGACCUGCCUGGCCUCAAAACUCCUUUAGGAAGAGGGCGUGCCUGGUUACGACUGGCCUUGAUGCAGAAGAAGCUCUCCGACUACAUGAAGACCAUCAUUAACAGAAAGGACCUGCUCAGUGAAUUCUACGAGCCGAAUGCCUUGAUGAUGGAGGAGGAGGGAGCUGUCAUCGCCGGACUGCUCGUCGGACUAAAUGUCAUCGAUGCCAAUCUGUGUAUGAAGGGAGAGGACUUGGACUCUCAGGUCGGGGUGAUUGAUUUUUCGAUGUACCUGAAAGACGGCGGACACAGUAGUAAGAGUGCAGAGGGUGACGGUCAGAUCACAGCGAUUCUCGAUCAGAAGAAUUACGUGGAGGAGCUGAACAGACAUUUAAGUGCAUCGGUAAAUAACCUCCAGGCAAAGGUGGACGCUCUGGAAAAGUCCAACACAAAGCUAACAGAGGAGCUUGCAGUGGCAAAUAACAGGAUCAUCACCUUACAAGAAGAUGUGGAGAGAGUAAAAGAGGAGAGCUCAUAUCAGCUGGAGUCCAGAAAGGCGUUAAGAAGCGACUCGGCAGCAGACGGACAAGCGCUGGGUGAAACACGCAAGCAGCUCAAAGAGGAGACUCUGCUUCGAUUGGAUGUGGAGAAGGAGCUGGAGGUGCAGAUCGGGAUGAAGCAGGAGAUGGAGCUGUCGAUGAAGAUGCUGGAGAAAGACAUCUGUGAGAAGCAGGACGCUCUGGUGGAGCUCAGACAGCAGCUGGAAGACCUUCGUGCCAUCAACCAGCAGCUUGGCCACAAGUCACAGAGCGCAGAUGCCAGCUCUAAACAGAAGAGUGAAGUCAUCGCUCGCCUGGAGGAGAAAAUAAACCAGAUGUCAGGGACUGUAAAACAGCUGGAGAACAGUGAGAAACAUUUUGUGAAGCAGGCCAGAAACCUGAACUCAACAGCGGGGAAGCUGCUCCAGCUGCAGCAGUAGCGGAGCCUCUCCGCUACUGCCCGCUUUCAUAAAUCUGAAUACAAACAUACAACCCUGCCUAAUAUAGAAAUAACCGAACUAGGAUGUUAUCUUUUCUGUACGAUGCUCCUUUGUUGUUGAAAAUAAAAACCAUCUUCCCACAACCUCCUGCAGUGGCUCUCCAGCAUCAGCUUUGAGUAGUGUGGACUGAAUCGAUCCUUUUAGCAGCCCUCAAUCCUUGUGUUCUCUGACAGAUGUCUUCGCCGCAUCAGAGUUAUACUUUUAUUUGGUAGGCAUUUCUUAAAAAUACCCCAUUAAUGCUUUUUGGCAAAGGUAAGACGAGAAUAUGGCAUGGUGUCUGUAAGUCCACUGUGGACAGCUCUAAGAUUUGAUGGACUGAUGAUGACCUAUGUGCCAAUGGACACAUCCUGGAUAUUUGGGCGCUAGUGGACGUGCUGUAAUGUUAUUCCAAAGAAUUGGACCAGUACCAGAGACUGUGCUUGAGUAUUUUCAACCAACAAAUACUGACAGAAUAAAAAGAGGACAGAAUCUGAACAGAUGUUUAGGGACUGAUAUCCAGGGGUUUUGCUGUCAUUUGGUGAUCCACAUUCAAGUGUCGAAAGGCCGGGACAAGAUAGAGUAAGAUAAAGUAAGAGAUAAAGAUAAAGCAAGAAGGAAAAGGGCAAAAUUAAUUUAUUAAUUUUGAAUUGUAUGUGAGCAUAACAUUGGUGUAAACUGUAGUAAUAAUUAGGCUAAUAAAACAAUAAACAAAAACAGCCUGCUUCAUCUUCUUUGGCUAAAGUUUCCCUGUUGUCCCCGUUGGCUUUCAGUCUUCAGAUCUUUUUAUUAUGUUUGUGUUUAUUUUAGUUUUAGUUUUAGAAGACAUCCCUUCCCGACCAUGUUUCUUUUCAUCGAGUUUUUUAUUUUAUCAUAAG